UUGUUCCAGGGUGAAAAGGACCUAACACCGAACGAACAGAGUAUAUUUUAUGUACGGAAUUGAGAAGAAAAGCAGCUCUCUCUUCGCACUUCGCAGCUGAAGCUGAAGAAGAAGAAGAAGAAGAAGAAGAAGCACUCCAAGCACCAUCUCUGGUUGCAAAUUUGCAGGAUCAUGAGCGGAGGCGGGUAUACAGUGGAAGUUACAAACCUCUCCAGUAAAGCAGCCGAGAAAGAUCUCUAUAACUUCUUUUCUUUCUCCGGCUCUAUCGAGCAUAUUGAAAUUAUAAGAUCUGGGGAUUACGGUUCUACUGCUUAUGUAACGUUCAAAGAGCCUUAUGCCUUAGAAACUGCAGUAUUGCUAAGCGGAGCUACCAUUGUGGAUCAACCAGUAUGCAUAACUCGCUGGGGACAAUAUGAGGAAGCUUGUAAUUUCUGGGACAGGCCCUCUUGGAAGGUUGAAGAUGAUACUGAGUCCAGUACUGAACGGUCGUACCAGUUCAACACAACCCCGAGGGAAGCAUUCACAGUGGCACAAGACGUGGUCAGAGCGAUGCUCUCGAAGGGCUACGAGCUAAGCAAGGAUGCUAUGAUCAAGGCCAAAGCUUUUGACGAGUCUCAUCAGGUCUCUUCCACGGCUGCAGCGAAGGUUGCUGAGUUCGGCAAGAGGGUGGGACUAACAGAUAAGAUCUAUGCUGGGGUCAAUACGGUUCGAUCAGUCGAUGAGAGGCUUGGAGUGUCGCAGACCACUAAGUCGGUAGUAUCGGCCACAGGGAGGACGGCGACCAACGUCGCGAACUCUGUCGUCAGCAGCAGCUACUUCUCUGCGGGAGCUAUGUUGGUUUCUGAUGCUCUCUCCAGGGCUGCGAAAGCCGCAGCUGAUUUGGCCGGUCAUGGUAGCAAAUAGUGAAGGAGGGGAAAAAAAGAAAAGCCAGCGAAAAAUGGCAAAUAAGGGGUUUAUGUAGGUAAUGUUGUUAAUGUCGGGCUAUAAAAUUGAUGUAAAUAAUCUAUUGUGGUACGUGAGCUCUAUGUUAAACUACAUAUGAACUGCUAGGCAAAAUUUUAUAUGGUAUGAAAUGUAAGAAAUUACCUGACUGUACAUUGUCUAAUGCUAGAACAUUUUGAUGUUGCUAUUGUGAUUUA